AUAACGCAAGUCCCCCAUGCACGUUCCUCCAGGCACCAUGCUCUACUAUAUAAACUCAACAUACCAUAAGCUUUUCUUCAUCUCAACUAAGCUUGGAAUCCAUAACCAAAUUAAGCUUUCCUAUAAGCCAAAGUUUUAGAAAAUAAUUUCAUUUCUUUUUCCUUCUUUCCCUGCUAAAAGCUUAGAUUUUCCUUUUCUUUUUUCCUGUCCACUCAACUCUAAUAACUCAUGGCUUCAAUGAUCCAAUAUUUCGUGAUUAUAAAUCUCAUGUUUCUCUUUUCAUGUGCUACUAACGCACAACUAUCACCUUUUUUCUACUCAAGAACAUGUCCUAAUGUUCAACUUAUAGUACGUAGCACAAUGAGGCAAGCUAUAUCUAGAGAGCCGCGUAUGGGCGCUUCUAUUCUUCGCUUAUUCUUCCAUGAUUGUUUUGUAAAUGGUUGUGAUGCUUCUAUACUAUUAGAUGAUACGCCUUCUUUUACCGGAGAAAAGAAUGCCUUCCCUAACAGGAACUCAGCUAGAGGUUAUGAAGUAAUCGAUGCCAUCAAAUCCAAUGUCGAAGCGGCUUGUAGUGGAACAGUUUCAUGUGCAGAUAUCCUAGCACUUGCAGCACGAGAGGGGGUGGUCCUGUUGGGAGGCCCCUCUUGGCCAGUACCAUUAGGAAGAAAAGAUGCAAAAACAGCAAGCCAAAGUGCAGCCAACACCAACCUUCCACCACCCUCGGCCAGCCUCAGUACCUUGAUUUCCUUGUUCGCCGCCCAAGGCCUAGAUGCUCGCGACAUGACCGCCCUCUCCGGAGCUCACACUCUCGGCCAGGCUCAAUGCAACACCUUCCGCACCCGCAUAUAUAACGAAACCAACAUCAACCCCAACUUUGCCACCUCUCGCAAGGCCACUUGCCCCGGCCCCGCCUCCGGUACAGGCGACAGCAACCUAGCACCACUCGACAUUUCACCUAACCGAUUCGAUAAUGGCUACUUCCAAGACCUUAGGGCGAGGCGUGGGCUUCUUCACUCAGAUCAGGAAUUGUUCAAUGGUGGAUCACAAGAUGGACUGGUUAGGUUAUAUAGUUCAAACUUUCGGGCUUUUGCUAAUGACUUUGCUAAUGCGAUGGUGAAGAUGGGGAAUAUUAGUCCACUUACUGGAUCAAACGGAGAGAUUAGGAAGAAUUGUAGGGUUAUAAAUUAAUUAAGAAUUAAAUUGGGUCUUCGGGUUAAAAACGACCUGGAUACUGUACGAAGUUAGUGUCAUGUAUACUUUAGGAAAGUAUGUUAGUUCUUCAAUAGGAAAGAUGCUUAUCAUUUGUAAUCUAUUUAUAUACAUAUGCGGCUGUAUUCAUUUAUACAUGUUUAUCUAAUAAAAAGUGUAACACAUGAUAUGGAUAUUCUGCAUCUAAAUAAUUGUCUUGUUUGAUUUUUA